AUGGAUGCACUUGGACUGGCUCUGUAUGGGACUGUCGUAUUUUUCAUAGUCUCGCUCGUCAGAUAUGCUCUCGCGAGCCAACGACCAAAGGACUUUCCUCCAGGUCCACCAUGUCUUCCUAUCAUUGGAAAUCUUCAUCAAAUUCCACUUAGCAGAGCAUAUCUACGAUGGCAGGAAUGGAGUAAGCAGUAUGGCAGCAUCGUCGGCUUCAAGCUGGGUCCUAAGAACGCCGUCGUUCUAAACAGCUACACCCACGUAAAAGAACUCUUCGACAAGCGUGGCGCCAAGUAUUCCAGUCGACCCGAAAGCUACGUCAACGGGGAACUACUAUGCCCAAAUGAAAUCCACAUCCUUUUCGCAUCCUACGGUCCAAAGUGGCGAGCUCUACGCAAGGCUGUACAAGGAUUCCUUAAUGUCAAGGCUGUUGAUGCACUGCAUCCCCUACAGCUAGCCGAGUCCACGCAGACAAUGUGUGAUCUGCUCGAUGAGCCAUCCAAUUAUUACGAUCACAUUCGGCGCUACUCAACUGCGGUUAUUCUUGCUUCUGUUUUCGGGCAGCGAGGUGCGAGCUUCCAGUCACCUAAGGUUCAGGCUUUGUACCGCGUUGAAGAUCGGUUUACGGUGAUUCUCGAGCCGGGUGCAACUCCUCCGGUAGACGCCUUUGGGUUUUUGAAGUAUAUCCCGGAAUUUCUCAGUCCGUGGAAGAUUGAGGCGAGAGAGAUUAGGAAGGAGCAGAGUUCACUUUAUCAUACUCUGCUGAGUGAAACGAAGGAUCGUAUUCAGAGGAAGAUCUCGCCGCCUUGUUUUAUGCAGAAGGUGAUUGAAGACCAGGAAAAUAAUCAAUUUACCCCCGAGCAGAUGGCUUACUUGGGAGGAAUAACGAUGGAGGCUGGAUCGGAUACCACAUCGUCCACGUUACUCGUAUUUGUACUUGCUAUGGCUCAGCACCCGGAGGUUCUCAAACAGGCACAAGAAGAGACUCUACGAUGGCGUCCAAUUGCACCCGGUGGCAUCCCCCAUAUGUUGACAGAAGAUGAUAGCUACGAGGGCUACGUCCUUCCAAAGGGAACCAUAGUUUUCUAUAAUGCAUGGGCCAUCCACAUGGACGAACUCGAAUACGAUUCACCCGAAAUGUUCGAGCCCGCUCGCUGGCUUGACAAUAAGUUUGGUUGCAAGUCGGCGUUAGAUAUCGAUGAUGACCAUCGCAGGACGACCUACUCAUUUGGUGCUGGGAGGCGGGUCUGUUCUGGCCAAAGACUGGCUCAAAACUCACUGAUGCUCAAUAUGGCCAAGUUGGUUUGGCUCUUCGACCUUCGACACGAUGGCUUGGAAAGUUUGGAUAUGGACAUACGUUCUGCUUUCACUGAUGGAAUUAUUGUUGCACCAAGGAAGUUUCCUGUCCAAUGUGUUCCUCGCUCUGAUCAGCAUGCCAGAGUUAUCCGAGAUGAGCUCCAAAGAUCUCGGAAUCUUUUAGCGACUUAUGAGUGA